AUGACUCUCAAAACCCACCUCACAGUCCUGUAUUGGAGCGCCUCUACAUACUCAUCGGCUCCCGCAUUCUACAUCCCUGACGUUGUCGGCCCCGACGAGCGACUCCGGAAAUGGAACACAGUUACAUACCAACAAUUCCUCUCCGACGUCGAGCAGUCUGCUCGAAUGUGGUCUUCAAAAUUGAGGAAGUGCUUUAUAGCACCACGGUCUGUCGUCGGCCUUUGGUUGGGCGGUAUGACUUACGCAGACGUCCUGCACAUCUACGGUGUAGCGAGGGCUGGUUAUAUCCCGCAAUUGUUCUCCUUGCGUCUGCCGAAUCCAGACGUCGUUUACGAGUUACUCCACCGUGCGGGGGGCCAAGCGAUGAUCUACGAUUCGUCUUUUGCGUCAGUGGUACGCGACUGUCCAGUUCCCGCUAUUGUGACCGUCGACCUCGGUGCAGCGGCUGUGGACAAUGUGCCAUUACCGCCCAUUCCUGAACCGCUCUCUGAAGAGGAUACGGCCAUGAUUUUCCAUACGUCCGGGUCGACAUCGGGAUCGCCGAAGCUAGUGCACUGUAGCUAUAAGUGGCUUGACGCUAUUGUCGCGAAAGGUGAUCUCAUCAGCAGACCCUUUCACGAGGAUCGAAAAGACGUUAUCGUCUGGAUGGGUAGCAUGUGUCAUAUCGGCCAAACCGUAACGCUCGUGGGCGCAUUGCAGCACGGCACCUGCGUCAUUCAGCCGACGACAUUGGCAUUUUCGUCGGACGAGCUGAUUCGAAUGAUUAGCGACUGUGGUCUCAACCGCCUGACGCAGUUUGCGACGUCCGUUGCUAAACAUCUCCGAAACUCACACGAAAACCCCAGGCUCCUUGCUUUGUUGCAAGGGCUUGACGAGGUGCUGUACGCCGGACUUCCCCUCCCAGUCGAGGAAGAGAAGUGGGGUCGUCAGAAUGGCAUUCUACUUCGAAAUCUCUUCGGGAACACGGAGUGUGGCCCAAUGCUCAUCUCAGUCGGUGGACGAGGCCAGGACGCCUCCCUCCUUCAGCCCCUCGAGGGGACGAAGUAUGCCUUCCUUCCCAUCACGGCCGGUUCUGGGCACCAGGAGAACACUCACCACAACGCCAAUUCCCAGCUCCUAGAGCUCGUCAUCCUCGCCGAAUCGCCUGACUGUCCAGAUCCCUCGCUGCGUCAAACCGACGGCCAUUUGCACACCGGCGAUCUGUUCGUCGAGGCUGCACCACGCCGCUACGUCUCUCGCGGUCGCGACGACGACUGGAUCAAGAGCGAGAACUCUCUACGAUGCGACACCAAGGCAAUCGAGGAGAACGUCCGCGCCACGUGUGCGGACCUUGUCGCGGAAUGCGUCGUCGUCGGGAACGGGCGUCCCUCGCCCGCACUAUUCGUGGAGCCAAAGGGUGAUAUCGAUGGAGACAAAUUGAGGAAGGAUAUCAUCCGCCGCACAAGGCACUUCCACUCAAGGCGGUACCUCCAUGAACGGAUUGUUUCCAGCGACUACAUCAUCGUUGUAGCCCGUAAUACCCUUCCCCGAACUGCAACCAAGGGCAACAUUCGUAGGCGCGCCGUCGAGGAUGCCUUCAAGACAGAGCUGGAUCGCGUGUACAAGGUCUCCAGCAAAGCAUGA